AUGUCAAAAAAUAAAAGAAGUAAUUCGAUCAAAAAAGACAGUUUAACAUCAAAAGGAAGCGACAAAAGUAAUUUAGCUGAUAAGUUUGAAUUUUAUGCCCGAAUAGUCAAGUUAGUAAUACUCAGAAAAGAUGACACGGAUGUCGUAUCAAAGUACUCGACUUGGCUGAAAAAGUUGAGAAAACAUCCGAACGAGACGCUCAAGUACGACUACGUCAAGUUACUCGUCAUGGGACUCAACCAUCCGGUACCGGUGUGCCCCUUCAACGAGUACCCACCAGACGUCAUCGAACCUCUAGAAGGCGAAUGGAUCGUAAACGCUAGGAAAAUUUUCUACAACGGCGACCCGUCUUGCCGACCGAUCAUCCUGAAUCCUCCAAUCAUGACGGCCGUGUCCGACGAUAAACGUCAGUUCGCCGCCUAUCAGGAAAUACCGAAUGCGGGGCUUCAGUGUUAUUACGCUCAGUCCGACGAACCGCUGUACGAGUGGUUUUUCAAACACGACUCAUUAUCAAUUCCCCCAGAAAAUCCUGUCCAAGCCAUCCCGUUAGACUGGGAAAGGUCUCUGGCCGGAAUUCACGUGGCACCUCCUAAGAUCCCUUCCAAAAGGAAGACAAGUUCGUCGCCGAUUCAAAGACCGUCAUCGUUGAGCGUUAUAGGGAGCAACAUCGAAGAGAAAAGGGACUUUUGCAAAAUACUUACCACGUAUCAAGAAAUGUAUAACAUAACGACGCACUUUAAAUGGAACGAAUUAAGUUUAUUAACGGGCGACACAAUACCUGGUUCCGAUUUGUGUAUCGAUUGGUUUAUUCACGAACACGAAAGAACACAAUUGGACAUAGACGAGGAAAUGAUUAGGUCAUUUGAUAAACUGUACCCACACAAUUUCCGUCUUUUAGCAAGACCUGAAUUAUUAGAAGGACUCGUUAGAAAAAUGGACUGUGCCGAAGAAAAUGCUAAAUGCAUGGACGCGGAAUGUGCAAAAGUUGAAGAAGAGGAUUGCAAAUACCGAUAG